ACGCGCCUCUUUCAGAGAAAGACCCUCAUACCGCGCGCCAUGCGCCGGAAGUCAGUGAGGGGAGGUGGUGUGGUGAGGUUUUGAUGGGUUCGUGGUGGACAUCCUCUGGCGGCAGGAAAAAGCGUUUCUGCCGCUUUUGACAGCUGUUUGAAGAUGACUUCCAUGAAGGUGCCAGUAAUUGAUGUUCAGAACGAUAAUUUCAAGGAGCUUUGGCCAUCUAUGCUCUUGGCAAUCAAAACUUCUAGCUUCAUUGCUCUUGAUACGGAACUUAGUGGGCUUGGAACAAGAAAAAGUUUGUUAAACCAGUGCAUUGAAGAACGGUACAAAGCUGUAUGCAAUGCUGCUAGAACACGCUCCAUCUUAUCUCUAGGGAUUGCUUGUUUCAAACAGCUCCCUGAUAAGUUGGAAAAUACAUACCUCUCCCAGAUCUACAAUUUGACCCUGCUAUGUAUGGAGGAAUACGUCAUUGAACCACAAUCAGUUCAGUUCCUUGUGCAGCAUGGAUUUGACUUCAACAAGCAGUAUUCACAGGGCAUUCCCUAUCAUAAAGGCAAUGACAAGGGAAAUGAAAGCCAAGGCCAGACAGUCCGUACUUUCUUUCUGGAACUCAUCCGAGCCAGGAAGCCAUUGAUUCUGCACAAUGGCUUAAUUGAUUUGGUCUUUUUGUACCAGUGCUUUUAUGCUCACCUACCUGACAGUUUAGGCACCUUCACUGCUGAUCUUUCUGAGAUGUUCCCAUCUGGUAUCUAUGACACCAAAUAUGCCUCUGAAUUUGAAGCACGUUUUGUGGCCUCCUACCUAGAGUAUGCCUACAAAAAGUGCAAGCGUGAGAACUGCAGGUUGAAGGAUGCCAAAAAACAGUAUCUCAACAUAGAGUUUUGCAACUACCCUGCCAACAUAGCUUCCUACAUUGACUACCGCUUCUGCUCCUUGUCUGAUGAAAGUCAGCUUGGGACUGAUACAGCAAACAAAGUUCCCAUCUGCCAGACAUUUUCUGCCUAUGGCUGGUGUCCAGAUGGGCUGAAGUGUUUACAGUCUCACAACAUUGAUCAGAUCAUUAAUGAAGAUGAGAUCUUCAAAGAACAGAGGAGGAAGAAAAGGAAGCAAAAAUGGAAACGCCGGAAAAAUUUGGAGGCACUUCCAAAGGAAGCUGAGUUGGAUAGCCCUGAUAAGGAUGGAAAGGUGGCUUGGAAUAAGGAGGAUGGACCACCUUCUAAACAGUCCUGUCCUGGCAGCGUGGUUACUCCCAGUGUGGACUGCACAGAGCCUGUGUCUAGUAAUGAGGAGAAUUCUAUGGAUGUGGAACGAGAACUAGGCUCUGACAGUGCAGCUGAAGCUAAGAUGGAUGAAGAACAUGAGGGAAGCACUUUACUACCAUCCAAAGAUGGGCAGGAGGAAAGGGCAGCGGGGACUGAGGAACUGGUGCCAAAACAACAAUUGCAGAAUGUUUCUGCAAUGAUCUCUUCACCUACCGCAGCAAAGCCCUGCCUGCCUAGUUGUUCAGAAGUGGGGAUUCACCGGGCUGGAUUUGAUGCCUUCAUGACUGGUUACAUCAUGGCAUAUGUUCAUAUGCUCAAGAAUGAUGAGCACAGAGACUCAGGUGGAGGUACUUGGUUGCCAGAAUGCCACAACAAACUGUACCUCAGUGGGAAGUCUGUGCCCCUUCACAUUGUGAAAAGUUUGUUCUCUAAGUCGUCUAAAGCUCAUAGCCAGAAGAUGAAAUUGGCUUGGGCCAAUUCCUAGAGCUAGCAGCCCUCCCAGCUUGGAUUCUGGGGGGAGGGGGGAGUGCUCCACUCUAGCCAUGAUCACUUUUCAAACAAGUGCAGUUCCAUAGGCUUAAUAGGCAACAGGUUGUAUACAGCCAUCUUAAAUUACUGCACAAUUAAAUACUCUGUACACUCCUUCAUAGCUAUGUGGCCGGACUUGUUUUUGUUAAGAACUUGGUAAUAACAGCUAAUAGAACUUGUAAUUGUUUGUUUCAUUGUCUCCUUAUCCACUGAAACAAUAGAAUGAAGCUACCUUGGAUAUCAUAUCUUCUCUGUCUACUACCACUGAUUCAGCUGCCUUUAUAAAAAUACUGUAAUAUUUGGACUAGUAUAGAACUUCAGCUCUAACCCAGGUUUCCUUGUGGUGUCUUCAGUCCUGAAAAUGUCAGGGAAUAUAUGCCUGUGAGCCUUCUCCACUGGUGAACUGAUCUAGCUUUAUUUUGGAAGUGGGGGCAGUGGAGUCCCUGAAGGGCUUACGUAUAAGACAAGGGAAGUUUUGCAGGAUAAAACAGUACUGGGAAGGACAUCUGUAUGGGCAGUAUUAAGAUUUCCAUUUUGCUAUGUAGAAGGAUUUGGUACAAAGCUCUGCUGUUCAUAGAAGCUGUCUGUUGGCAAGAAGUACCCUGUACACUUCCAUAGUUUCAGAAAACCAACCUGUGAAAAUAGGCUACAUGUGUAGGAAUCUGCUGUUUUGGUUUCAAGCAAACUAUUCUAUGUAGGAAUCUUCAGAGACAGGCGGCAGUAAUAACAGUACUGUUUUAAGAACUGAAUGUUAAUGGAUGACCUCUUGGCCAGAUUUAUUCCCCUAGUACUGAAACUGAAUUUCAUUCCUUUUGUACGAAUAAAGCUGACAUGAUCUUA